GACCAUCUUAUGUAGAAAGCUCUCUCUCUCUCUCUCUCUCUCUCUUUAUUUUGGCCGAUUUGGUUGAGAAUUAGACGACUCGUGGGGUCGUGUACACACACAUUGGUGACUAGUCUUUUGACACGAGUCGCCUCUCUUCUUUCUCACAACCAUUGUUUCCAUGAAACAUGAAGCUAAAGCUAAAACUUUUCUUCUUCAAUUGAAAACCCACCACGCUUCUUUUGUCCAUUUUUAAUGUUUAUACUAAAAAGUUUCCUCCUUUAUUACUAUUGCUAAAAAAGAGAUAGAGAAGAUUCGCAAAGUUAAGAGUUUCCAUUGGCCUCUUUCUCUCACAGUCACAGGUGAAGAAGAAGAAGAUUCACUUGCCUUUUCUUCAAAAAGUCCCCAACUUUUCCCUUUAAAGUAGAAGCUUUUAUUAUGGGUUUCUAGCCGAACCUCUGCUACGAUCUCUUGAAGCAUUUACAUUAACUCUUUUGGUUAAGGAGAAAAAGUCAGCUCCUUUUGUGAUAGUUCUGAGACAUAUCGCAUAUAUGGGAUUUGGGGUAGGUGGUGGAGGUGGUAGAAUGUUGGAUUUGAGGAUGGUCCAACAUCACAAGCGUUCAAAGAGUGCCAGCUUUCCAGAAAAGAAAAGAGGUGAGGGAGAUCAUAAAACCUCAAAUGGUUCUCAUGAAGCCUCUCAACGAAUCAAGCUGGACAUGGGUCGUUCAAAUGAAUCCAAGCGUAGUCAAUAUCAUUCAAACACCGAAACUUCAUUGAAGCAAGAGAUUAGUCAGCUGGAGACUAGAUUACAAGAUCAGUUUAUGGUUCGUUGUGCCUUAGAGAAGGCGUUAGGUUAUCGAACAGCCUCUUCUUACAUAUUGAGUGAAACAAAUGACAUUCCCAUGCCUAAGCCAGCUACUGAUUUAAUCAAAGACAUUGCUGUUCUGGAGAUGGAGGUCAUACAUUUGGAACAGUAUCUUCUUUCAUUGUAUAGAAAAGCCUUUGAACAGCAAAUCACUUCUGUAUCACCAAAUUCAGAGAACAAGAAGCCAAAAUCUCCUCCUGUAACAACCCCUAGAAGGCGUCUAGACUUUUGUGAAGAUGAUGAUACCCCCUCAAAUACAGAGCAGCCUACUAAUGCUCUGCUUGGUGAUAGUCAAGAUCAAUCACAGAAAACAAAGAUUCCUGCGGCUGACCGAGACCAGGUAGACUCCAGUUUUCGCCGUAGUCACUCCCAACGUUCGGCAUUUGAGAGUAGAAAAGCUUCUCCAGAAGAUUCUUGGGGUAAAACCAUCCGCUCUUGUCACUCCCAACCGUUGUAUGUGCAGAAUGGAGAAAAUCUAAUCAGUCUAGCUGAACAUCUUGGCACCCGAAUCUCGGAUCAUGUUCCAGAGACACCCAACAAGUUAUCUGAAGGAAUGGUCAAGUGUAUGUCAGAAAUAUAUUGCAAGCUUGCAGAGCCGCCAUCUGUACUACAUCGUGGGCUUUCAUCUCCAAACUCGUCUUUAUCAUCGAGUGCAUUUUCGCCUUCUGACCAAUAUGAUACAUCGAGCCCUGGAUUCGGAAACAUUUCCUCUUUUGAUGUUCGGUUAGAUAACUCUUUCCAUGUAGAAGGAGAAAAGGACUUCAGUGGACCUUACAGCAGCAUUGUUGAAGUGCUUUGCAUUUACAGAGACGCCAAAAAGGCCAGUGAGGUUGAAGAUCUUCUGCAAGACUUCAAAUCGCUCAUCAGUAGAUUGGAGGAAGUAGAUCCAAGGAAGUUAAAACAUGAAGAGAAGCUAGCGUUCUGGAUAAAUGUGCACAAUGCACUUGUGAUGCAUGCCUUUUUAGCUUAUGGGAUUCCACAGAACAAUGUGAAGAGAGUCCUACUGCUACUCAAGGCUGCAUAUAACGUUGGUGGACACACAGUUAGUGCUGAAGCGAUACAAAGUACGAUUCUUGGAUGCAAAAUGUCUCAUCCUGGACAGUGGCUUAGACUACUGUUUGCUUCGAGGAAGUUCAAAGCAGGAGAUGAAAGAUUAGCUUACGCAAUCGAGCAUCCCGAGCCUCUCCUACAUUUUGCGCUUACUUCAGGCAGCCACUCCGAUCCAGCGGUUCGUGUAUAUACACCGAAAAAAAUCCGGCAAGAGCUCGAAACGUCGAAAGAAGAGUACAUAAGAAUGAACUUAAGCAUACGAAAGCAGAGAAUCCUAUUGCCAAAGCUGGUGGAGACGUUUGCAAAAGACUCCGGUUUAUGUCCUGCGGGUUUGACAGAGAUGGUUAACCGGAGUAUACCGGAGUCUUCAAGAAAGUGUCUAAAGAGAUGUCAAUCUGGUAGUAAAUCACGCAAACCAAUUGAUUGGAUCCCUCACAGCUUUACAUAUAGAUAUCUUAUUCUUAGAGAAGCUGCCAAAUGAAAUCAUUCCCAGUGUAAAUAUAUGGAUAAGAUAUCGCUGUCUAUGAAUGCCCACUCCCACUAUCUGAUUAUGAUAAUGUUGGUUCUGUCUCUCUGAUAUGGAAGUAGAGCGAUGAUUGGAUCUUGUCUCCUCACAGUUACUUGGCAUUUUCAAUUAUUAAUAUUGUAAUACACAUCUUAACAUCAUCAGUCAGAUCAUAGCACAUUAUUCGAUU